AGCCAGGAAGAGGAUCUGAUCCCUGGAGAUCAUCGCCACAAACGCGCGUAACUGAAACCCGCAGCCAUGCUGAAACAGAUAUUAUCGGACAUGUACAUCGAUCCUGACCUGCUGGCAGAACUCAGCGAGGAGCAGAAGCAGAUCCUCUUCUUCAAGAUGAGGCAGGAGCAGAUCAGACGGUGGGAGGAAAGAGAAGCUGCUGCGGUCAAGGCUUCCGCAAAGAAGCCACAGCUGAGAAAAGCCAACGGGAAGUCGGUGACAUGGAAGCUCGGCGCUGACAACGACGUCUGGGUCUGGGUGAUGGGUGAGCAUCCUUCAGAUAAAUCGUACGCGGCCAUCUGUGAAGAGAUCCAGGCACAACGGGUGAAGCGGAUAGCGGGAGAGCAGAGCAAGGAGGGCAGAGAGACUGACUCUUCCGUAACACAGUCUCUACAUCCACAACCAGGAGUCCUGGGUGAGACAGAUCUUCACGGGAAUAAAAAAAGCACUGUGGAGGAAAAGAAGGAAGGUGGGAGAAAAACUGCUGCUGCUGCAACAGGGAAAAGCCAGGAGGUCACAAAGAGGGAACCCAGAGAUGUUUACCAGAUGCUGGCAGACUGCCACAUGAGGCAGCACAGCUUCCAACAGAUGAAGGAAGCACAGAGGAGAAAUUCAGAAGGAACAACCACAGCCCCCCAGGAGGUAACAUCACGGAGUCACCCCAGCUCGGAGAGCCAGAGGACGCUGCAGAAAUCGGAUGAGCAUGAGCCUGAAUGGCAGGAAUCCUUGCGGAAAUCCAAGGCAGCAGAUGAGAAGAGACGCUCCCUUGCACGGCAAGCCAGGGACGACUACCGGAGGCUUUCACUGCAGGGCAUCCACAGAGGGAAGCAGGCAGAUAUUUCCAAGGGUGCCUCAGCAGGUGACCGGCGACCGCUCCAGUAUCCGCCUCUCCCCCCCAAGCCCAAACUUCUACCUCCUGCGACGGCAAACGGGAGAGCAGUUAGGAAGGCGGGAAUCCAGAGGACAAUCUCCAAUGCCACCGAAGAAAGCAUCAUCAAGUGGUUCAAAGAGGAGCAAUUCCCUCUCCGAGCCGGCUAUCAGAAAACGACGGACACAAUAGCGCCUUGGUUCCACGGUAUCCUAACCUCUAAGAAAGCAGAGGAGCUGCUGAAUAAAAUGGUACCGGGGAGUUUUCUGGUCCGGGUCAGUGAGAAAAUCAAAGGCUACGUGCUCUCCUAUCGGGCUGUGGAAGGAUGUAAACACUUCCUCAUUGAUGCCUCCAGUGAUUCCUACAGCUUCCUUGGAGUGGACCAGCUACAACAUUCAACGCUGGCUGACCUUGUAGACUACCACAAGGAUGAACCCAUCACUUCCUUGGGGAAGGAGCUGUUGCUUUACCCGUGUGGCCAAGAGGACCGAGACCCAGAUUACAUCUCCCUCUUUGAGUGA